ACCCUCUCUUGGGUCCCUCACUUAAAUUGUGUCUUUGUCCAAGAUCUUUUUGUCCUUGUGUUCCUUUCUCAAGUGUUCUUCUCCCACCUUUUUCCCCUUCCUUCAUGUCUACCUCUUACUCUUCUGCUCCAUCAUCAACUUCAUCAUCUUCUUCUUCCCCCACAUCCCACGAUGGAAAUGGAGACGACGGUGCCAAUGGAGCUGGCCCUAGCCAUGUACAAAGAGGUGGUGAUUUCCAAGGGCCAUCCUCUUCCAGACGACGUGCCGUAAACGAGGUCUGGCCUGAGCCUUUUGUGGAAGCUCUCGCUUCUCAAGUUGCCACUGAAGCCUCCCGCGCCGUCGGACGACUUGCCGCUGCUCCUGCCCUUGCUAAUGUGUUUCAGGUUUGUUCCACGUGGCGCGCCGUCUCGCGCUCUAACCUUCUCUGGCAUCGCCUUACCCGCCGUAUCUGGGGCCGGACAAUUCUCAUCCGCGACACGUGGCGCGACGAGUACAUCUACUGGCAUCGGACGGCCACAAACUUCCGGACCCCGAGGUCAGCCCACACGACCCUCCACUUCGACCUAUCCGACGUGGAAGACCCUGACGGCCUCACCUGCCGGUGCCUCACUCUCUCCGACGCCCACCUUGCUUGCGGCUUCGCCGACGGCGCCGUCCGCCUCUUCGACCUCGCCACCCGCCUCCACGUCAGCACAUUCCGGCCCCACCUCCGCGACCGCCUCGGCCGAUUCUCCCGAGCCGUUACCGGCAUCGUGAUGACAGACUUUACUCUCACCUUUGCCACGCUGGACGGAGACAUCCAUGUGGCGGUCAUAAACGGCCCGCAGGUCACUCGUAGGGCCCACUUGGGUGACGUAGUAAACGACGGUGUUUUGGUUGACUUCACCGGUUCCGAAAGAUGGUGGGUCGGGCUGUACGCAGGAGUUCCGGGUCGGACGUUUCACAUUUGGGAUGGUUUGACUGAACAAUUGACUUUUGUCGGCGGGACGUUGUCGGAUCCGGAGGCCGUGAUGGGGUGGCACAUGCUGACGGAGAUGACCGAGGCCGUGGGGCGAGUCCGAGUCACGAGUCGGGAAACGGCCGUGGCGUGCACGAGCGCGCGUGUGAUUGUCUUCGAUCUGAGGAAUCAGGGAAUUGUGUUGAGUGAGGAGUAUAGGAGAGGGAUAAUUGUGGGAGCGGCUGACGUGAGCAGGUCGGCGUACAUUAUUGUGGGGAGGAGGGGUUUGGCUAGCGUGCGCUGGAGUGACACGCUGGAGGAGGUGUGCAGGUUUAACGUGAGGGGGGCGGCGCAGAUGGCGGUGAUGGGGUGCAUGAACGAAGGGUGCGCGCUAAUGUGCGUCGGUGGGGUGGUGAGGGUGUGGGAGGUGGAGAGGGGGGCCUAUCUGUACAGUUUCAGGGAGAGGAUUGGGGAAGUGAACGCUUUGGUAUGCGAUGAACGACAUGUCGCAGCGUGUUCGGGGGGUACGAGACUGCACCUUUGGGACUUCGGUGCAGCAGAUUGAGUAGUGAUUUAGUGUAGGAGGUUAAAUUUAACUUUGAUAUAGAGUUAUGUUGGAUUUAUCAGACAUUAUUGGAGUAUCACAUGAUGUGAAAUGUGAUAAAUGUAUUUGAUUAAAAUUCAAUGAAGAUAUAA